CCGGCCGUUUAAUCCGCACCGGAUUUAGACAAAAAUAGCCUAUCCAAAUUAUUGAAUAUUAUUGUGAAAACUACCUAUAAGGCGUGUUUUUAACAGGGCUAGGAAGUAGGAAAAAUUAUUAUACAAAGUUAUCGACUAUACUAUAAUCUUGUACGAGUAAGAGCUAAAACUGAAACCAUUGUGAACACACAAAAGGCCAACGCGCAUGCGUAGGUUUUAUAUCCUCUCCUAGCAGUUGUACAUGUGAAUGAAUAGAGCGGUCUACGUGUGAAGAUAGUUGUGACGCGACGAAGUUCUAUAAAUAUUUUAUUUGUAAUAAUUUUAGUAUAUUGUUGAAUUUGUGACUUAAAUUGAUAUCGAUGUCUGAAAUUAAGUAUCAGGAUGCAAUCCUCGAAACAAUCGACUCUCUUCGCCGCCGCAAGGCGCGACCAGGGAUUGAGCGAAUAUACCACAUGCUUCAGCGAAAAAAUGGCGUUACGUUAGAAGAAGUGGAGAGUGCGCUGGAACACCUUGUUGAAGCAGAAAUUGUUGUGAAGGUUGAAUAUAAAGGCAGUACAAGCUAUCGCAAUGCCGCAAAAUGGCGAAAAAGUCACGUAAGUGGCAAUAUAUUGAAUUCUACAGAUGUUACAAGAACUUUAAUUGCUGCUAUAAAGGCUCUUGGUGAAGAAAAAGAGGGAGCGACAGACGGCGCAUCGUUAUGCGACAUUGAAAAGUUCCUAGUCACGAAAAACCCGCAAAGUAAAAUGACCAAGCGUCGGCUGACAGACGCUCUCAUGAGAGAGGUCGAUAUAGGACGUGUUGCUUUACAUGAUAACAAGUAUAGAUUAGUAGCGAGAACCAUAACCGAAGCUGGUUCAUUUAGACCACUAAAACCAAGCAAACGUAAACGCAUCAAGAAAACUCACGGACCAGACUUUCAUCAUGAACCGAUCGGUAGAAUGGGAGAUCCAAGAUGUGACUACUGCACCCUUACUGCCAAGUGUAACAGAUAUGGACUGAAAGAAGACUUAUUGAUAUGUAAAGACUGUAGUGCUAAAGCACAUCCGUCAUGCAUGAAUUAUUCUGCAGAGUUGGCUGAACGUUCCCGGAGAUUCCCAUGGCAAUGCAUAGAUUGCAAGACAUGUAGCGUGUGCGAUGAUGCAGGAAAUGCGGACACAUUGCUGUUUUGUGAUGCUUGCGAUAAGGGGUAUCACAUGGUAUGUCAUAAUCCACCAGUUCUCAAGAAGCCACUUGGUAAAUGGGUUUGCGAGGUGUGUAUUCAAGAUGAUGACCUUAUACUAGAUCAUGAAUCGAGUAGCAGUGACAAAAUGGAUGAUGAUCUCCAGUCUACAGAUAUCGAUUCUGUUGCAGCCUCUCCAGACUCUAUGAUCACUGAAGAUUCACAGAUUUCUAUGCAAGUUGAUGAUAGUUUGCCAAUGAAAGAAAUUGAUGCAAGUUGUUCUUCCACAGACAGUAAUAUUAAUAAAGGCAUAUCUACAGUGCUUCCAGAAGGUGAUGCCCGUCCCUCUGAAUGGGAUAUCAACCAAGUUGUCAAUUACUUCCAUGAGAAUGGCUUUAGUGACCAAGCACUUGCUUUUCAGGAACAGGAGAUUGAUGGCAAAUCGCUUUUGUUGUUGAAACGCAGUGAUGUUCUUACAGGCCUGGCUUUGAAGUUAGGCCCAGCUCUAAAAAUCUACCAGCAUGUUGCCAAGUUACAGACACAGCCAGACCUACCAGGACUGUAGUUGGUGGACUUAUCAACACAUUGCCUAAUCAAAGGCCUAACCGAUUCACCAAGUCAACAGGUCAAUUUUACACCAUGUAGUUCAACAGAACACAAUUGUACACUAUAAGUCAGACUUUAAUGUAUUAUUCAAUUAAUUUAUUACAAGUUAUUAUGCAAUUUGAGAAAUUUAAUAAGACUAAUGUCUGAAUUAUUUCAGUUAAUAAGUUAAUAAAUUAAUUAAUAAUAAGUUAGUAAAUUACAGUAUUAAAUUAUAGUUAUAAUUCCUAUCCCUGUAAAAGAUAAAGUUUUCAGACCUUAAAGGGUUAACCACUUAAAUAAAAUGAUUGUAGAUUACUACAUUUAUGCAUUUGUGGAGGGUGGGGAGAGAAGUCACAAGUUGAGUUGCAUGUUGGUUAAAAAGGAAAAAAAUAUAUAUAUUAAGUUAGCAAUGGAUCAAGAAAUAUUUGGGAGGGGAGAAGGGAUUAGGGUAAAAGGCAAUUGGAAGGGGUAAGUAGUAGGACAAAUUAGAAAGGGAGGAGGGCUUUAAAUGGAAAAAAAGGGACAUGGGAGGGAAAGGAGUAGAGAAUUGGGGUGUAAAAAGAAUAUAGGACAGGGGAGAGAGGUGCACGUGAUUGAGAAAGGAAUAAGGGACAGUGGAGAUAUAAUUAAGAAAUAGUGAAUUGGAAAGAGAAUUUUUGUUUUAGUGCUUUAAAUUGAUAUAUUUGAGAAAAUUUAUUUCAGUGCACAGUUACUAAUUCCUGGAAAUAAAAUUAUGUGCACUAGUUAAAAUUUGAUUAACACUACCCAAAUUGUAUUUUGAAUUAAGGAUAUUAAUAAUUCUACAGCACAAGGUAUUUGAAACUAAAAAUUCUGAUAAAAUCUCAUUGGCUAGUUGCUAUACCCAAAAAUUAAAAAAAUGUAUGCAUUUGUUGUCUGCGAGGAAACAAAUUUUCUUUAUUAUAAUUUGCAUUUAAUGAUGCUGUAGCCUGGUUCUCAUGAGAGACCUAGUAUCCGGAUUGGAAGUUAACCGUUAGAGCUAAUCGUUAACACCUGUGUAAGAACGACGGAUCAGUUAGCGCUAACCGUUAGCGGUAUCCAGAUACCGCUAUCUGUUAGCAAGUUGAGCGCGUUUCUGUCGUCAACCAACAACCAAUCACACGUACGCGUUUACAAUUUCCUGUUUCUUAUUGGCGAGUGAUUUGAUCAUCAUAUUCUUGGUAUCUGGAUCGGGAUCUUCUCGUAUGGAUGCACGGCAGCUAACGGUUAGCAGGAUCCGGAUCCUGCUAACCGUUAGCUGCUGUGUGAGGACAUAGCCCUUGUUUUUGAGAGCAGUAGUAGUAAUAUUAGAACAGCUUAUAAACCCUAAAUCAAUUAUACCUUCCACUGAACUGCAAACAUACUGUACCUUAAUAUUUUAUAUUCUCUCAGACAGAGGCUGGAGCAGCAAAAAGCUGUUCAAGCACUCACCUUUGAGGUUUGGGCUCGAAUCCCACACUGUUCAUUGCACGUACCGUAUUCAUCCUUCAAUCAAACACAUCAAUUUUUGUUCAUAUGGUGUAAGAAUAGGUACAUAGUAGGUUCUAAUACCAAAGCAGGUUACUUGCUGCCGCAAAUGCUGAAUAUUCCGUCAGGGAAAUGAGUAUGCCUUUCAUGUGCUUUCGUUCUAGUGCCCGGUGGGGGGGGGGGUAGUAAUGGGAAGUGAAUGUGCCAUAUAAGACCAACAUAUUUUGGAUAUGCUGCUGUUCAUGAGGCUUGCCAUUCCAAAACGAGCGUACUGAGCGUACUGUCGCUAAUUCUUAAACUGAAUAAUUAGCAUAAGAAUGUGGCAAUAUUAUACUUCAGUACGGAGAAGCCAUAAUAUUUUGACUCACAAUAGUAAGUCAAUUCCAGUAUAUGAUCCCAUCACUUUAAAGCUUACAAUGAGGAGAAUAAGAAGAUAUUAAAGAUUUUUGGUGACUGAUGCUGGUCUCGGGAUAGCAAGCCUCAUAUUUGAGAAACUUAAUUAUUCUGUUUCUGUUUAUUAAUUAGAGUAAUAUCUGGUGGUGAGAUUAUGUGCACAGAAUCUCUGAACAGAUAUCACUUGAGUAACAAUGUGGACAGAUUAAGGCUGCAAAUGCCGGUUAUUCACAAACAUUUUGUAUUCAUAUUCCAGAGGGCGGUAUUUAUAAAUAUAACUUAUGCAUAUGCAGUUUACCACUGAUUUAAGCCUGAGUGUUGUCAAUGUUGCAGGUAGCAGCUUAAAAGCAAGCCUGCUGGGGCAAAGAUUUUCAAAUAAAUGCUGCAAAUAAACACAUUUGCAAUAUAUUGUACGAUUAAAUCUCUUCUUAUUGUUUAUUAUCUCUAAAUGGCUGUCACAAACAUGUUUGCAGAGGCCUUAGCUGUAAUUAAUGUUAAUAAUUUUGAGUAUUUUUGGGCAUCUAAUUUUCAGAUAAUAAUAAAUUAUAUAUUUUGGCUAUGAACUACAUAAUGAUUUCUAUUGUGUAGCCAUUUUUCUUGUAUAUGAUGUGCUGUUUCUUUUUAUAUACUGAAUAUGUAUGAAUAUGGAUGCAAAAAUAAAUUUCCUUUAAGAUAAAGCAAGACAAAGCAAAA